AUGUUGAUUGGUAGUUCUGGUUUCUUCCACCCUUUUUUUGUUUGAAGAUUUUGAAUAUUGUUUUUGUUAGUUGAGUACAUUGUAAGAAUUUCUGUUUUUGUUUUUGACGAUCAGAAUGAUCUCGCUAGGGGUUUCAUCAUUUAACUUUUCCAUAUGAUUCUACAUAGCAUAUACGAACGAAGCCAUUUUGUUUUCCCUGCAGCUGAGGCAGUUUAAAAGAUUAUAUUAUUUUCGACAUCUAUAAUCAAUCUCUAAGGUUGAUAGUUGAUUGAAUGAUGGAGAAAGCAACAGGCAGUGACGAAGUAGGGGGAACCUCAUCUUUGCUCCCACUGCCUCCAAUAAAACCGAACAAUGUGCAGCCAGAAAAAAUUGAUCUACCAAAGUACUCCAUCGUCAGUAGACCUGGAUCUGGGAGGAGUGGCAAUCGUAUACCUCUGCUCAGCAAUCACUUCAAAGUUUCUGUCAAUGCUCUGCAUUCCAUAUUUUACCAGUAUACUGUUGCUAUUCAUUCUGAAGAUCAAAACGUUGUUGAAGGAAAGGGCAUUGGAAGAAAAAUAAUGGACAGGCUUUACCAAACAUAUUCUUCUGAACUUGCUGGUAAAGAGUUUGCAUAUGACGGAGGAAAAAGUUUGUAUACUGUGGGUCCUCUGCCACAGAACAAGUUUGAGUUCACAAUAUUACUAGAGGAUUCAUAUGCGAAAGGUGAAAGUGGAGGUUCCCAUGGAAGUGGAAGCCUUGUUGGUGCCGGCAAACGGUCAAAGCAUUAUUUUCGUUCAAAAACUUUCAAGGUGGAGAUAAGAUAUGCUGCCAAAAUACCUUUGGAGGCAAUAGGUCAUGCCCUUAAAGGACAAGAGUCAGAUAAUAGAACUCAAGACGCGUUGAGAGUGCUUGAUAUCGUAUUAAAACAGAAAGCAGCUAACAGUGGGUGUCUAUUGGUUAGGCAGUCAUUCUUUCAUGAUGAUCCAAAGAAUUUCAUUGAUCUUGGGGGAGGUGUGGUUGGUCUUCGAGGGUUCCAUUCGAGCUUCUGUACCACUCAAGCAGGCUUAUCUCUUAAUACUGAUGUUUCUACAACAAUGAUUUUAAAACCUGGGCCUGUUAUUGAUUUCCUUCUAUUUAAUCAGAAUGUAAAUGAUACUCGCCAUAUUGACUGGAUUAAAGGUAAUCAGAAGGAUUUGAAUCUGCGUCAUAUCCAGCUUUGUCACUAUUUCUCUCACGUAUACAAAAGCACUCUCUCCCUACAAAGAGCAUCGUUGGUUGAGAAAUCAAGGCAAAAGCCUCGCGAUAGAAUGCAAACUCUUGUUGAUGCUGUGGGAAAUAACCACCAUGAUCAGGAGGUGGUUCUUACUGAAUGUGGUAUCUCUAUAGAUAGACAACUGAUGCAAGUUGAUGGUCGCAUCCUUGAGACCCCAAAGUUAAAGAUUGGGAAUGGUGAGUAUUGUAUCCCUCGUAAUGGUCGAUGGAACUUUAACAACAAGACUCUUUUAAAACCCACCUACAUUGACAGCUGGCUUGUUGUCAAUUUUUCUGCCCGUUGCGAUCUCAGUUACAUUUCACGUGAGCUUAUCAGCUGUGGAAGGAAAAAAGGCAUUCAUAUUGAGCGUCCACACACACUAAUUGAGGAGGAUCAGCAAUCUAGAAGAGCCAGCCCUUUUGCUAGAGUGGAUAGGAUGUUCGAGCAGAUGAGAGAGAAGCUUUCUGAACCUCCUAAAUUCAUUUUGUGUGUCUUACCUGAGCGGAAAAACUCAGAUAUUUAUGGACCUUGGAAAAAGAAAUGUCUGUGUGACUAUGGAAUUGUUACACAGUGCAUCUCUCCUACCAGGAUUAAUGAUCAGUAUCUUACUAAUGUACUUCUGAAAAUCAAUUCCAAGCUUGGGGGAAUAAAUUCUUUAUUAGCCAUAGAAGCCUCCCCUCAUAUCCCCUUAAUAAGAGAUAUUCCAACAAUGAUUUUGGGGAUGGAUGUCUCUCAUGGGCCUCUGGGUCAAUUAGAUAUCCCAUCUAUAGCUGCAGUUGUUGGCUCUCGUUGUUGGCCAUUGAUCUCAAGGUAUAGAGCAUCUGUAAGGACACAAUCAGCUAAGAUGGAGAUGAUUGAUGCUUUAUUCAAGCCUUUAGCAAAUGGAAAAGAUGAUGGCAUCAUUAGGGAACUGCUUGUGGACUUCUAUCAAUCGAGUGGUGGACGCAAACCGAAACAGAUAAUUCUGUUUAGGGAUGGAGUAAGCGAAUCACAGUUUAAUCAAGUUCUGAACAUUGAGGUGGAGCAAAUCAUAAAGGCCUACCAGAAUCUGGGCGAGGUUGAUGUUCCCAAGUUUACUGUAAUUGUGGCUCAGAAGAAUCACCACACAAAGCUAUUUCAAGCUAGUGGGAAUGAUAAUGUCCCUCCAGGGACUAUUGUGGAUACAAAAAUUGUGCAUCCCAGAACUUAUGAUUUCUACUUGUGUGCUCAUGCCGGAAUGAUGGGAACUUCUAGGCCAGCUCACUAUCAUGUACUGAUUGAUGAGAUUGGUUUCAACCCUGAUGAUUUGCAAAACUUGAUUCAUUCUCUAUCAUAUGUGUACCAACGGAGCACAUCCGCCAUCUCAAUUGUGGCUCCUGUAUACUACGCCCAUCUCGCGGCACAACAAAUAAGCCAGUUUUUGAAGCUUGAGAAUUCUUCAGAGACCUCUUCAGGGCAUAAGAUAAUGACGUCAUCAGGGAUUGUUGCAUUUCCAGAACUUCCCAGGUUGGCCAAGGAAGUAGAGAGUUCAAUGUUCUUCUGUUGACUAGUUGGCUGCCCGUGGCUUUUGUCAGUUUUUUGAAUAGGUUUUUAAUAACAUAGAGUUCUCGUACAGCUAGAUAUAUAUAUAGUCAAGCAAUCCUAACUUAUCAUAUAGAUGGUGAAAAUUUGAGGCACAGUGCAAAAAAAAAAAGAAAAAUCCAGUCGGACACAAUUAAUUAAUGAACUUUAUUACAUGCCAUGAAUGGCCAUUUUUGUUACUAGGACCUUAUUGGGGCGUCGGUCUUCUUGUGCUUUGUAAAGGAACUCAAAUGUUGAAUGACCA